GCUCCCUCCCCGCAGGUGAUGAUGCUGGGCAGCCCGCGGGUGGCCGAGCUGCUGCUGCAGCGCGGCGCCGACCCCAACCGCCCCGACCCGCGCACCGGCUGCCUCCCCGCGCACGACGCGGCCCGCGCCGGCUUCCUGGACACGCUGGCGGCGCUGCACCGCGCCGGGGCGCGCCUCGACCUCCCCGACGGCCGCGGCCGCCUCCCGCUCGACGUAGCGGCGGGGGGACCCCACGGGCCUGUGGGGCGCUUCCUGCGACGGCCCCCGGGAGACCCCCAGGAGGGGGACACCGGGCGCUGACCGCCAAGACCCCGCCGACGGGAGCCGGCCCCUUCCCCUCCUGCAGACGGCGAGGGAAAGGAAAUACGCACGCGUGUGUGCGAAAUUCAGCGUUUUGCCCCCUCACCGCUGAAUUCAUCUAGUUCGGCCACGUUUGGCUUUGCCGCUUUGCUCGCUGCCCUGCUGGAUAUCUCUCUCCUGCUGUGUGUAUCUCUCUCUCCCGCGCGGUUUCGAGACGGAGAUGAUUUUAUGCGUCGUCGCACGUCCCCCUUAGAGCUUUGUAGUUCCGCUGCCCCUUCGGGUUUCUUUCUUACAACCCUCCGAAACACUUUAGCCAUCCCGUUCUACAAAUUUAACUCGCACUCAAUUCUUCUUCCCCUACCUUCCCACUCACCUUCAGACCUACUGAAAUUAGAAUCAGGGAGCUACUACAAUAUAAAAAUAUAUAAAUAUAUAUAUCAAUAUACAAAUUUAUCUGGAGAAAUCUCUCCCUGUGUGAAAUCAAUUGGUAAUCGCUUACAAAAACCAAUGUAGAUGACCAAUAUGCAUCGUUUUAACAUUUGAAAAUACUCCCUUGGUUCAGAAAUUCUUGGUAACAAGACCCAUGUUUUUAAUACAGCUUGAGGGGUCUCCAAGAGAGAUAUUUCGAAAAGAAAACAAAAGACUGUGCUCCCUUGUAAAGCUGAAUCUCUUCCCACGCAUUGCCUCUGCCUUUCUUUUAUUAUUAUUAUUUUUUUAAUUGCCGUUUUUGUUUUUCUACAAUAUUUCCAUUGUCUACCCGGUGUUCAUAUUAUUUACGUGUGACGAGUUCCCUGUUAUUUUUCAACGGCAAAAUAUCAAAGAGGUUGGCUUAAUAAAAACAAUCCUUGCGUUCAACUAUUAAAAGGUCCUGUCUACAGCACUGCUCAGUA